AUGAGGAACAGGGCCAGCACUUCAUUAUCGAAGGGGAAAAUCCGUCAGUCAUGGAGCAAAUAUAACUUGUAUAACUUGUCACGAUUCCGCAACCCAGCGACGGCGAACCGAACAUUCUUUCAGCAAAAAUGGUCAGCCAAGGCUGCUGCUCGUGCUUACCACGGUGAGCAAGUUCGCGAGGGUCAAUGGAAGCGGAUGUUCUCCAAGCGCAUUCGCAGUGUUAUUCCCAUGAACACGGCCGAUCUUGCGGCCGACGAUGGGUCCAAAGAAUCUGCCGGUCGUGGUUCUGGCUUGAGUGAGAGCAGUGGUAGAAGUCGAAGCCGCCCUAUUCCCUUCACGCAGAUGGCAUUCGCCCCCCUGGAGCGCCGGCUGGACGUUGCCAUCUUCCGCGCCUUGUUUGCCAGCAGCACGCGGCAAGCUAGACAAUUUGUCAUUCAUGGAGCAGUGACGGUGAAUGGACAGAAGAUGAGACACCCCAGCUACCUCCUCAACCCCGGUGACCUUUUCCAAGUCGACCCAGAUCGCGUGAUGUACGCCACCGGCGCCCCAAAGACGGCCUUUGAACGACGUGAAGCCCGUCAGUUGAAGGCGAAGAAUGACGAGGCCGAGGGCGAGGCGGAGACCGAGCAAGCCGAAGCUAAGCCAGAGGUCACGGAGAAGGAAAGCGCCAAGGACACUCUCCGGGCGUUGAUGUCCCAGGCUAAGACGAUCAUGUCGACCGACAAGGAGAUUCUUCCUGCCAAGCGAAAGCAGGAAUUGCGUGGUUUCCAGAAGGCUGUGCGCCGAGUGCUUUCCCGCUCAGACACCAGCACCGUCUUGACAGACAAUCUGGAGGCCCAGUUCUCUCAGCUGACUCUCCUGCUCAACGCCAAGCGUGCAGAGAAGAAACCUGCUCAGGAGUCUGGAAAGGAGACGCAAGAUAAGAAGACUGCUGCUGCUCCGACGAAAUCAGGUGAUACCCCUAGCGCGCUCUCUGAGGCCUUCCAGGCUGCUGCUGAGGGUGGCGAGGUCGACACCUCCGAGUUGACGGAUGAGGAGUUCGAAAUCCUUAGACGCGCACUCACUCAGAUGCGUGAUAACCCCAUUGAUCACACUAAGCCUUAUGCUACCCCUUGGCGCCCGCGCGACUACAUGUCUCCCUUCGCCUUUAUCCCGCGCUACCUCGAAGUCAACCAGAACAUCUGUGCUGCUGUCUACCUCCGACACCCUGUUGCUCGUCCCGGUUCGGCUGAAGUGCCUACUCCGUUCGGCGAGUCGAUCAGCACUCCGGCGUAUGGCUGGUACUUGAAGAGGCGGUGGUAA